GGCUCUGCACAGUCCGGCCGCGGGUUCCGACGAGCAUGGCGGAGUCGGGGCGGGCGGCCCGAGGGGGGACCCGCGUGCUGGGCAGAGCCCUCUCCUUCAGCGAGCCCUCGCCGGCGCUGGAGAUCGGGGGUGGAGGCAGGACCGCGGCCGAGGUGCGGGUGCUGGUGAUCAACACGGGAGGGACCAUCGGGAUGGUGCCUCGGUCCGAGGGUCUUGCUCCGGAGGCUAACAAGUUAGCUGGGGCCCUGGCAAAGAUUCCAAUCCUUCAUGAUGCAACAUACGCUAAGGAAACGAAACUGUAUAGCCGGCUUGCUCUUGGGGAUGACUCUUUGGUGCUUCCCCUUUCUAAGGAAAAUAAAAGAAUAAUCUACACAAUCAUUGAACUUUCUCCUCUGCUGGAUUCUGCAAAUAUGACUCCAGCUGACUGGGGCAAGAUUGCAAAGUGCCUUGAGACAAACUACGAAAAGCAUGAUGGCUUUGUGAUCCUUCAUGGCACUGACACAAUGGCUUACACAGCCUCAGCACUGUCGUUCAUGUGUGAGAAUCUAGGCAAAACCAUUAUCCUGACUGGAUCACAGGUGCCCAUAUAUGAACUGAGGAACGAUGGCCGAUCCAACCUUCUGGGGUCCUUACUGAUCGCUGGACAGUUCGUAAUCCCUGAGGUGUGCCUGUACUUUUAUAAUAAAUUGUACAGGGGAAACCGGGUGACUAAGGUAGAUGCAGAGAGUUUCAAUGCCUUUUCCUCGCCUAACCUGCCUCCACUUGCAAAUGCUGAGGUUGAUAUUACAAUUAACUGGGAAACAGUGUGGCGAUCGAAUACCACCAAGAAGUUUGAGGUCCACACCAACAUGAACUGCAAUGUUGGCCUCCUGCGGAUCUUCCCAGGGAUCACCACCGCAGCGGUGAAGGCAUUUCUUCAGAGUCCAGUAGAAGGGGUUGUACUUGAGACCUAUGGAAGCGGGAACGCCCCCAAUAACCAAGAUUUACUAGAGGAGUUAAAGAAAGCAACCGAUCGCAACAUAGUGAUCCUGAAUUGCACCCAGUGUCUACGAGGAUCUGUGUCUUUAGUCUAUGCCACAGGAAAGACACUCAUGGAUGCGGGAGUGAUUCCUGGCGCGGAUAUGACGCCUGAAGCCGCUCUUGCCAAGCUGGCUUAUGUCCUAGGCAAACCCCAACUUAGCCUGGCUGAAAAGAGAAAGAUGCUGAAUGAGAAUCUAAGAGGGGAGAUAACUGUUGUGCCCAUAGGAACGCGAAUCACGCUCAAAGACAGCAAAUUUAUUCAAGGGAUUUCAAAAUACCUGUGUAUCAGCCGCAAGGAGGAGCUAGAGGCUGUUAGGGAUGCGUUGACUCCUGCUUUGGCCUGUGCGGCUGCAAAAACUGGUGACUUAGAUGCCUUGAAAGCUUUACAGAAUAUGGGUGGAAAUUUGAGCUCUGGAGAUUACGAUGGGCGCACGCCACUUCAUGUCGCAUCCUGUGAGGGCAAUCUGGAGCUAGUCACCUACCUACUUGAGUCUGGAGCAACUGUGUAUGCAAAAGACCGAUUUGGAGCAACCCCCCUGAUGAAUGCCAUCAAAUUCAGGCAUCCAGAUGUGAUUUCCUUGCUCCGCAAAACCGGGGCUCAUCUUUCCAGCCAAGAGCUUGUGAAUGUUGGAACAGAACUCUGCAGUCUUGCUUUUAAUGGAGAUAUUGAUGGGCUGACAGCUUGGCAUCUGGCUGGCGUGAACCUGAACCAGCGUGGUUAUGAUGGGAACACUCCAUUUCAUGUGGCCAAGAAAAUGGGAAAUGUAGAAGUCAUCACAUUUUUAAAAUCCAUAUCCUAAUUCGAUAUGUGCUUUUCACAGGCUACAUCUGGGCACAUCUGACUGCAAGUAGUACUGAAAUGGACUGAAGAGAUCAAAUCAGCUCUUGCUGUUGCUAGAAUAAAUGUUGUGAUGACGUUUAUUUUCUUAUGUUUGAUAUAUUUAAAAUGCCGGUUCUUUGUGAAAGAAUUGUAUGUAAAAGUGCAGUACAGUCAGUUCUGUUCACACGUGAUGCCACUGCAAAGGGUGGUGCUUUCAGUCCUCAAAGCACAUGUUUCAUUUCAGAAUAAUCUCGUCAACAGUGGUGGGGCUUCUGGAAUAUGUAUCAUAGGAUUGUCGUUAUAUGUCCCGAUCUGUGCGUGCUGUGAUGCACACCUGUGAUGCGACAGAGCUCUCUACGCACAUUUGAUCUUACAUUUUCAUAAGCUAUCAUUGGAUCUGAGCAAUAGUCAUUUUUAAAAAGAAAUUCAGACUAUAGAAAGGGAUUAGCAUUUUAACAUUUGUCUCUUCUUUUAAAGAAAACUGCUGUUCAGUGCCGGAAAGUGUAACUGUAGAGAGUCAGAAGCUUUUAGCCAGCUUUAGUUUGAGGUGGGUAGCCAUGUUGGUCUGCAGUAGAACAGCAAGAUGCAAGUCUGGUAGCACCUUAAAAAACGGAAGAUUCCUAGAGUAUUGGCUUUUGGGAGUCAAAUUUAGAGAGCUUUGACUUUUGAAAGCGUAAACUCUGAAAAUCUUGUUGGUCUUAACUGGACUCAAAUCUAGCUGGCUUGAGAAGUGUGCCGGCAGACUUGGCGCCAAAUUUCAACCGAAGCAGGAUUUUCUUGGAGGGUCCUGAUCCAAGUGGGAGGGGGGAAAUGGUAAUGUGGAUAAUUCCAUAGGGAAGUUGAAAGAAUUCUGAUGAUUUGCAAAGCGAUCUCUUUGUGAGAGUCUUGCCCAAAGUCAAAAGUAGAUUUGGAAGGGACCUGUUCAGGAGAAAGAGCCAUAGGGAAAUUGAUGAGGACGUGAUUUCAUUAAGAUUUGUGACAACGCUUUAAUGUCGAAUGUAUUUGUAUGGAAAAAAUGGAAUGAUGCGGCAAAAAAUAGUGUGCAAAUGGUCAGAAUGUCUUUGUUAUGCUUUUUUAAUAAAAUGUUUGAAAAAUAAUAGUUGCAUUAUCAUGCAGCUCUUCGUCAACCUUAAACUGGGCUACAGGCAGAAUGCUCCAUAUGUUUUUAUCGUUCAGCAGAUUUCCAGAACAAAUAAUCAUCAGCGUUGACUAUGCGCUCCUGGUGUUGGGAUCAAAGGUCAGGUUCUUUAAUUUUGGGGAGGGGAUUCCUCCACCUAGCCUGCCUGUGAGUGGUCCCUCUGAGCUGGUGGAUGUGGGUGUCUGGCCUGUUGUUGAUGACUUUCCAGCAAGUGGGACUUCUUCAGUAUCUAUUUAGAGGCUUCCUUGCCUGAUCCAGGUGUAGUGUUUAAUGACUACCAUGGGUCUGCUCCAGGUGGCUUCAGGCAUAACCCGUGAAAAGCAACAUGCAUUGAAUUUGAUCUAUUGCAUGGAGCAAAACUUGUUUGUUUAUUUAUUGCUUUUCCGGCCGAAGCCAUAAGCCAUACAAACACCAACGCCAAUGGAGCAAAACUUAACAGCAAGGGUGUAAAGUGCAAAAAAUGAGCAUCUGUAAUGUGAGCAAAAUCGUAUGUCCCAACUUCAACCAGGGCAGAUCCAUUGUUCCCAAUUUUGCAAAUAAAUUCAGUGUCAGCAAUCUCGUGUUGUAAUUUUCCUUUGAAGUUUCUCUGCUUGA